AUGGCGUGUUACUACAUUGUGAUCAGUUCCACACACCUGCGUGACGGACAGCUGAGGAGCAUCAAAGGGGUUUUCAGAGGACCAAUAGGAACCACCGGCCAAAGAAACACGGAGGACGGCGACUCCAGCUUCUACUGCGAGCUGUGCGAUAAGCAGUACGUGAGACACCAACAGUACGACAACCACAUCAACUCCCACGACCACCACCACAGGCAGCGCCUCAAGGAGCUGAAACAGAGGGAGUUUUACAGAGCGCUGGCCUGCAGGAGGCAGAGGAGACGCAGGGAGGAGAAGAGAGAGGAGCGAGCGCUGAGGAGGCUCCACAAGCAUGAGGAGCGGAGGACGGGGGAGUGCGCACCAGGUUCUGGUCCCAUGUUCCGCUCCACCACCGUGGCAGUCGAUCCAGCAAACCAGACCCGACCAGACUUUGUGCAGAACUGGGGCGACAUCCACACGAGCAGCGCCACACUGGGAACAAAGCCCCAAACCCCGCUGAUGCAGCCCUUCCUGCCCCGGGACCCUGCGCUGGAAACCAGACUCCUGAGCAGCACAGCAGUGGGCGUACGAGCCAAUGGACACCAACAGCACGACGACUGCAGCUGCUGGAUCCUGCCUGCUCAGCAAGACCCAAAUGGACUACAAUGGCCUGUCCACCAUGGACGCUGAUAACACAACUAUCAACACUUCUACCAAAACCAGCCACUUUAACAAGAUCCCUUGGGCUCAUAAUUAUUUGAGCAACCCCAUUACUCCCCAUAACAUCCCAGCAGCUGCCACCACGACUAAUGGCUCCACUUUCAACAAAACCACCGUGACCAACGUCAGCAAAGAAAUCACCACCACAGCCGACAUCAGCAUCAA